CCAAGAAUGCUCCGAGCAGCGGCCCUGACAAUCUCGAUCGGUUCAGCAUGUGGAUUCUCUGUUAACUUUUUCAACAAGCCAAGCAUAGGACGAGACGUUCGAGCAGGAGUCGUCGCUUUGAAUAUGAUUGACUGUCAUGGAGGAGCUCACCUGUCAGUAGAACAGAAGAAAGCUUUGCGAGAGACUGCUGAACUCGUCGCUCGCUCCGGGAAGGGCAUUACGGCAUGCGAUGAGGGGCCCGGAACGAUUGGAGACAGAUUUGAGAAAGUGGGUAUUGUCAACACAGAAGAGAAUCGAAGACUUUAUCGCCAGAUGCUCUUCACCAAUCCCGUGGGCUCGGACUAUCUCAGUGCUGCUAUCUUGGACCCCGAGACCAUCUUUCAGCGCAGCGACGCCGGCGAACCUUUCCCGUCGCUGCUCAUGUCCCAGGGGAUCGUGCCGGGGGUGAAGCCUCACCUCAAGGUCGCGACUCUUCCUGGCGCUGGCGGUGCGACGGUCAUGCAAGGCCUCGACUCCCUCGGCACCCGCUGCCGCUCCUACUACGAGGCGGGCGCGAGAUUCGCCAAGUGGAGAAGCCCGCUGGUGAUCAAGGAUGGCGACAUUUCUGACCUCGCGGUUCGCACGAACAUGGAGGACCUUGCUCGCUAUGCUCUUAUCUGCCAGAGUGAAGGUCUCAUGCCCAUCGUGGAACCAGACAUCAGCCUGCAGGGCGACUACGACCUUGAGACAGCCAUCCGAGUCAACGUCAAAGUCCAGUCUCACCUCUACAAGGCGAUGUUGGACCAUGGGGUGUACAUGGAGGGCACAACGCUGAAGCCAAACAUGGUCAACCCGGGCAAGAGCUGCCAGCGCAAGUACACAGCUGAGGAACUCGGAGAGGCGACGAUUACCGUCCUCCGCCGCUGCAUGCCAUGUGCCAUGCCAGGAGUGAACUUCCUCAGCGGCGGACAAUCUUUGGAGGAUGCAGCUGCCAGGCUGAACGCCAUCAACCGAGCCAAGGGCAACAGCCCAUGGAAUCUCAGCUUCUCCUGGAGUCAGGCCCUCCAGCUGCCCCUGUUGGAGCUCUGCAAGAAAAAUCCUCCUGGUUCGCCUCUCCCGCUGAAAGAAAUGUCCGAGUUGCUCUCCAAGGAGCUCGCCAUGGCGGGGGCUGCCGCCAGAGGCGAGUACCAUCCUGCUCCUGGUCAAGGCGACCAUAUUCCCCCCGCCAAGGCUGCUGUCGUUGCUUGA